AUGGUCGCCUUCCCUCCUAUCUUGCUGGCUGGAUUGGUCGUCGCUCGCCUCGCCUUGAGCUCCCCUCUGCUUUCUGGACUGGAAUACGCCGUCAAAGAAACUCACACUGUCCCUCCAAAAUGGUCACUCGUGGGGGAACCUCAUCCUCUACAGCCUUUGAAGCUCAAUAUUGGCCUCAGACCAAAUAAUGUUGAGCUCUUGAAGCAGCAUCUACAUGAAGUAGUCUCAAAUCCCGAUCACUACCGAUAUGGCCAGCAUUUGUCUCAACAAGAUGUGAAGAGCCUCAUGCAACCAACGGAGGAGACCUCCCGAUUGGUGCAGCUUUGGCUUGAAGAAAACUCCAUCGACAUCUCCAAAUGCGACUACAGCUCCUCCGGGGAUUGGGUCUCCGUCACUCUACCCGUCUCUGAAGUUGAAACCCUCUUGGACACCAAGUACCAUGUCUACCAGCAUGCUGACGGAACCAAACUCGUGCGAACUCCGAACUGGUCUCUGCCGCGCUUUCUGCUUGACCACGUCACCACGAUCCAGCCAACCACCGCGUUCCUUCGAGCAAACCCAAAGGGAAAGACCGUCUUGAGCGUUCCCACGGAUGUCGACAUCGCGAAGCUUGUGGCUUCAGAGGCAGCAGAGGCAGCCACUAACUCCACCACCUUGACCCAGAAUUGCAACUGGAACAGCAUGACUCCUCGAUGCCUUCGCCUUCUUUACAACACCUACACCUACACUCCUCAAUCCUUGGAGAAAAACAAAAUUGGCUUUACCAACUAUCUAGGGGAAGCGUUCAAUUCAAGUGACACCGAGAUCUUCCUUGGAAACUUCCGUCCCGAAGCAUUCUCCGCUGCACGCCAAGUUACACAAAUCGGCAUUGACGGUGGUGUGUGGGACGACGGAACAACUGGAGCAGGUGUCGAAGCUAGUCUCGACGUCCAAACCAUUCUCGGUCAUGUUUACCCAACCUCCAUCAUCUCCUACUCAACAGGUGGCGAACCACCAUUCGACCCCGAUCUAUUAACGCCCACAAACACCAACGAACCCUAUUUGACUUGGGUCCUCUUCAUUUUGAGCCAAGAUCCAGCAUCCUGGCCUAGCGUGAUCUCCACCUCCUAUGGCGAUGACGAACAAACCGUCCCGAGGAGUUAUGCUGAGACGGUGUGCAACCAAUUCGCUGCCCUGACUGCUCAGGGGAUUAGCUUGAUCUUCUCGUCCGGCGACUAUGGUGUGGGUGAAAACGACUCGUGUAUCACCAAUGACGGGCAGAACCGCACCAGCUUUAUUCCAGUCUUUCCAGCUUCAUGUCCCUUCGUGACCUCAAUUGGUGCCACCAAGGAUCAUCCCGAGGUUGUCGCAUUUGACUCUAGGAAUGGUUUCUCAUCCGGUGCCGGCUUCAGCAACUACUUUCCUCGUCCCGACUGGCAGGACAGUGUUGUCAAAAGCUACAUCGACGGCAUGGGCAACCAAUUCGAGGGCCUCUACAACCAAUCGGGGCGCGCAUAUCCAGACAUCGCAGCGCAGGGUUACCGGUACCUUGUAUUCGUCAAUGGGAGCGCUGUAAGUCUAGACGGCACGAGUGCAUCAGCACCCACGGUCGCCAGCAUCUUCUCCCUCGCCAACGAUGCCUUGAUCGCCAAGGGCAAACCGGUGCUGGGUUGGUUGAACCCAUGGCUUUACUCCAAGGGGCACACAGCAUUUACCGAUGUGGUCAACGGUAGUGCCAUUGGCUGCGCUGGUCCCGGGUUUGCCGCAGCUCCUGGUUGGGAUGCCGCCUCUGGGUUUGGCACACCGGACUUUGAGAAGAUUCGAGAAGUCCUAGGCGUCUGA